AUGGUGGCCCAACUGCUAGGGCUGGCCUUUCUGUUUCUAGCUACCAGCCUGCUCACCUCUACGACACUGGGGGUGAAGGUCAAUCCCAACUGGGAGGUUGUGUACCAGGACACCAGUGUGUAUGGGGUGGUGGGCAAAGCGGUGAUCCUGGAGUGUGGCACCACCUUGCCAGACAUGUACAUAUGGAGCUUCACCAAACCCGGAACUGAUGCUAUAAAGGCUGUGGUGUAUAAUUUGGGGAAAGGACAGAGGAUCCAGCAGCUGGCCGAGACGCUCGGACAGCUCACGGUCAUCUCAAACAGUGCAGCUGUGAGCAUCGAGAAACUGCCUGUGGCUGCACAGGGCCUGUUCACCUGUCAGGCUUUCUAUGACAUAGAACAGGAGCCCAAGGUCUUCUACUACUACGUGUACCUCACUGUCCGAGUUCCCGUCAGUAAGCCUUACCUCCUGAUGAGUGAUGUAUCUCCAGUGGAGGGAUCUACAAUGUUGAUGCGCUGCAAUCUGGAAAAUGGGACUGGACCGAUCCAGUAUGUGUGGCAGCAUGAGACGCGCACCGGCAACAUUUCAGCCUUUGCACAGGGCAACACCAGUGUUAUCAACGUGACCAACAUCAACCGCAACCAGACCGGCUGGUACCGCUGUGUGGCCAGCAACGCCGUCAACAGCGAGAGCUCCAACCGGUUAUGGCUGGACACCAUCUUUGGCCCAGACAUCCCUCAGAUAGAUGUGACUCCGUACAGCAUAACAGAGCGGGGAUAUUCAGCCCUGGAGAGAGAGACUGUUUCUUUACUGUGUCAAGCCCAGUCCAACCCGGCCAGUCAGUACGUCUGGUUCUACAACAACUCCCAGGUCUACACCGGGCCGCAGUUAACCAUCACCAAGAUCCUCCGCAUGCACACUGGCGACUACGCCUGCUUGGCGCAGAACACCUACCUCAACACCCGCUCCAAAAAAACCAUCAGCCUGACUGUCUACUACCCGCCCGAUGGCUCCCCAUCCUGUUCUGUGGAGCCGGCUCUGAAUCACACCUCUCUGAGAUUGCUCUGCUCCUGGCCCGGUGGAUUACCCUCCCCCUCCCUCCACUGGACCGGACCCUUGACCCAAGUGGGACAAGACGGGGCUGACACAGUGCAGCAAACAAAUCCACUGACCAACACCGCCAUCUUGCUGCCGCCUGAUGACCUGACUGCCAACAGCAGCUCGUUUACAUGCAUGGGCUCCCACCUGGCGCUCAAACAAUCGACAGAGUGCAGCACACGCACAUAUGUUCCCCCUGCAGAGCCGGUGUGUUUUGCCUAUGUGACUAACAAUAAACAGUAUCUGAUGCUGUCCUGCUCCUGGGAUGGGGGGGCCCCGAAAGCCUUGGUGUGGUGGGAGGGCCCGGGUGGCCAGGGUAAAGGCGGGGAAGAAAACUCCAACAUCCUAAUCCUUCGCUACGGCACUGCCCGCAACGGGAAACCCUACACCUGCAAUGCUAAGCAUCCACUUCUGGUCCAAACCAAAACCUGCAGGCUCACACUGGAGGCUCCUGUAUUGCUGACGCAGCGCAGAGUUGUGUCUGUAUACGAGGGGAGCGAUGUUCAGCUCACCUGCAACCUGAGAGCCAACUACCUUCCCGUCAGUGAAAUAACCUGGUUUAACAAUCAGGGUGUGGGCGUCCGAGACACCUCGAAGUACGCACUGCUGCAAACAUCUGCAUGGGCCAAUCUGACUGUGAGAGACACGGAUGAGACUCAAGACAGCGGCGAGUACAAGUGCUACACUUCCAACGCAGUGGGAGUAACUGAAAUCAAUGUCACUUUAGUGGUUAAGAGGCACCCCAUGCCACCCAAUGCGACCCUGGUCAGCUUGAUGUACAACAGUCGACAGCGUAACGAGGUGGAGCUGGAGUGGCAGGUAGAGAACGAAGAAGGAGGAGGUUGGACAGGUUUCAUCCUGCAGCACGUUUGGGUGUCAGAGCGACCAGGAAGGAGAGGCAGCAACAAUGAUUCAAAGGAGGCCGCUGAGGAGAGGAUCGGUCCACCAGUCUGGGACUCCAACAUCAUCCAGGACCCAGAAGCCAGGAGUCACACAGUAGGGAAACUGACACCGACCGUUACGUACCAGUUCCGCAUCACACCUGUCAACCACCGCACCAUCGGACAUCCUUCUACAGCAAAGACUCCAGCGGAACCACGCUACAACGUGUACCCUGCUGUGAUUGGAGCAGCUAUAGGCGGGAUGCUCAUUGCAGCCUUCCUCACAGCGCUGCUGCUCGUGUACAUAAUCCGCAACCGCAACAACAAUCCUCAACUACAUGACAUGCUGUUUGGUUUGCAGCACAGCCAGUCGAGGGAAAACAUCAACUUUCCAGAGGAUGAAGUGGUGGGCGGGUUGGAGGGAGGAAUAGAGGAGAUCAGUGGAAGGCAGAAGCCCAAGUUGUUCCAGGGGCAGCAGGAAAGAGAGGACAACAAAGUGUGA